CGAGCAGCAGCGUAAUCAAGGCGACCGUCGGAGCUACGGCCUACGAUACUACGUUGUCAGCGACACCGGAGCCUACGGCGACUGCACCAGCGGCGACCGCGACCUGCCCAACGCCAUUGACCCAGUAACGAGUGACGACUUGCCGACUCACCCAAAACACGAUGAGCUACAGAAGAGCCGUGACAACAUUAUUGACACUCGUACUGAUAAAAAGUGCCAACCUCAGAGUAAAAGGAACAGAGACAAAGGCACCGUAUGAGAUCAUCAAAUUCACACAUACUCCUGGAGUGUAUUAUGACCUUCAAGGACAAUUACACCAAGUUGUCUCUACAUGGAAGGUAGUAAUCAGAAUAGACAUACAGGGAAUAGACAUUCGAGGUAACCAGAUACAAAAAUAUCUUAGAAACACACAAGAGGUAUGUAACCAACAAAAAGAACCGAGCAUUACGUGGGAACUGUGUGAAAAUUCACAAAAAAUUGUAAAAAAGGGGUUAGACCGCGUACAAAAUAUAACGGAACGAUUGCACAAUAUAUAUAAAAAUCCAAGAGAAAUAAAACGAGGAUUAGUAGAUGGAAUAGGAUCCUUAACAAAAUCACUAUUUGGAAUAAUGGAUGCGAAUGAUGAAAAAAUAAUAAACGAACAAUUAAGCUUAAUAGAAAACAAACAAGAGACGUUACAACAUGCAAUAGCAAACCAACUCAAAAUUAUUAAUACAACUAUCAAUCAUUUAGAUAAUUUAGAACAAACUUUGGAAACAAAUGAGCAAAUAUUAUGGAACACUAUUACACAGCUCUAUACAGAGGAAACAGGAAUCAUAUUACGCCAACAUAUAGAUGAACAUUUUACAAUACUUACUGCUUUACUUAAUGAUUUAAUACGUGACCAGAACGAUAUAGUAAAUUAUUUAGAUAACAUACAGCUAGGAAACUUACCUAUCAACCUAACACCCAUAAAUAGCAUCGUGUCUCAAUUACAAGAGGUAGCAAUACACUUACCAAAAGGAACAAGAUUUCCAUUCACGCCUAAAACAGAAAAUUGGUUGGAAAUAAAGAAAUUUCUCACAAUUAGUGCGUAUUACAAAAAUAAAAAUAUCUUUACUAUUUUAUACUUACCUCUUAUAACAUAUAAUACGUACGAAAUAGUACACAUACAUCCUUUCCCGGUUUACAGCCAUGAUAACAUUUUCGCUUUAACUAGCAUUGCAUACACACAAGUAGCUAUUAACCAGGAAACAAACACAUAUUUACUAUUACAAGAAAACGAAUUAACACAUUGUAUAAAAAUUAAUAAUCAAUAUAUUUGUCCGCAACAAAAUGCGAUAUAUAGAAUUAACGAAGAAACACCUUGUGAAAUCCAGAUGUAUACGACAUUACAAAAUAUGAAAAACUGCCAUUUAAAAUACAUUAUAGCUAACCAUACCUUCGUAAUAGCAUUAACGCGAAAGAAUACAUGGUUAUAUUCCACCAAUAGUGAGCAAACCAUCCAUAUUCAAUGCAAAGAAAAAACAUUUUAUGAGAAAAUAAGCAAAACAGGAAUUAUACACAUUAAGGAUCAAUGUAAAGUAAUAAUUGAAGACAAGAUUUUACAAGCACAAGGUAUAAUAAAGAGCACAUUAAUACAAACGCACAUACCUGAAUAUAAUAUAACAUUAGAACAAAAAAAUUUAAACGUGAUAAAAAACAAAAACGAAAUCCUACACGUAAAACCAAAUAAAAUAAUACACAACCCAUCAGAGUUGGUAGAAUUAAGUAACAGAAUAACACAAACAUAUAGAAAUUUAGAAAACAACUCAAACUCGUUUCUACAUUAUAAAAAUAUUAUGUACACAACAGCACCGAGCGGAGUAACUAUAGUCAUAGUGAUUAUAAUUGCGAUAAUUGUAAUAAAGAAAAUUAAAAAUGGAAAAAACUCACCAAUCGUAAUAGAACGUAGCAAUAAACGAAAUAUCAGAACACAACCUAAACCAAUAUUAAAACGUAGACAUAGCCUACAUGUACAGUUGUAAGUAAGGAAAACGAUUAUAACUAUUAUUGUAACGGAAAAAAAAAAAAUGAUAAAAAUUGUAAAGCGUUAUAAUUUAAGGCGAAAACGUCGUUCCAGACCUUCCGUUUUCUUGCUCCAUGGGGGGAGGAAUGUUAUAAUCGUUAGUAUUAUUCUUAGCGUUGCCGAAACGUUUCGUAAGAAACCGCUUCGACAGCGCUACAACAUUAUUAUGAUUGCGCAAGUGCUACGCUAAGCGUCGCCUUGAAAAUAUAUCGCAACAUAUUGGGGACAGGUCAGCAGUAAAUGUAACAACUUUACAGUUGACCAAACACCCCCGUCUACGACCUAAUUAUAGAUUAUAAAAGGACCAGAGAAGAACGCCAAACAGGGCUAUUGCUCCUCCGGUUCUGCGACAGCAACUUACGCGACCGUCAAAUUGUAUUAAGUAAUAAGAACUCGGGAAGUUCGUUUAAAAAGGUGCAUUAAAUUUAUUUGCCAAACUACAUCACUACGCCUUUGCAUCCCCGACCCACCGAUCCCGAAUCUACUCGACGUG